CGUUAGAAAACGCGCGCUUCUUCGCGCUCAGCAUAAAAUUCGCGACUGAAUCGUAGAAGCAGGACAUCGCCUCCCUGUAUCCGUCUUCAGUAAAUUAUUUUGGUUUUCAAGUAGAUACUUUUCGUAACAUUACUGUAAUUAAAACGCGUCAGGAAUCAAUCGAAAGCUAUGGACUUAUCGUCAUGGACUCCGGAAUACUUUGGCGCGAACGAGGAGUGGUGCGUCGAGCAGCUGGGCAAGCCGGAAGUACGGGCUCAGAUUCCGCUGCUAAACUGUACCCAGCUGCACGACAUUCGGGACAAUGUGCUGGUGCGCUUUCGCGGUAUGAUCCAGGAUAUGCAGGACCCGGAGUGCUAUUUGGAACGGUACGAAGUGCGCAAGAAGAGCGACGGUUCGCUGAUUCGGGCUCAGAGCGGCAAGUAUCGUGAUGUGUUGAUCAUGGACAAGGACGAAGAGGCGGUCGAUUUCCAAGCUGGGAGCAACCAGUACGGAGAGCGGAGGUCCAUGUUUGUGAUUUCGAUUCCCGGGUACAACAGCUGGGCAGUGGAGUGCGAGGAAAAGUUGAAUCCUGUGAGCCAAUCAAAGGGCGAGGUAAAGCCUGAUGUGCAGUCGUCACUCAAGCGUCCUCAUGCCGAGGAUGAAGAGAUGGAAACGGAUGAGGUUAAUGAGAGUGUAUUUAAGAAACCGCUGAUACCAAUUGAACCUAGCGCAAAAGAACUUCAAGCGUGUUCGUCGAAAAGUGCCGUUGCUGCGAGCAGUAGACCGAAGGUUCUGUCUGCUGAAUAUCUGCUAAACUCUCCCAUUCCGGAACGACCGAGCAAGGCAUGUCUUGUGAAGCUGUACUCCAACUACGACGAGUGCACAUUAAACACCCUGGUGGACGUCGUAGGAUUUCUGUCGAUAGAUCCAGCCUUGGAUGGAAGUGGUGACCAGGUUGAAGACUUUGAGGACGAAAUGUCCGAACACCAGGCCACGAAUCCUCCUCCAUCUCUCAUACCCCGUAUCCACGCAUUAAGUUUUCAAAAAUUGCGGCACGUGAACCCCCUACUGGAGGUUCCCCACGAAGCAUCCACGAUCCCACUCGCGACUGCCACCGCCGACAUUUGGAAGGAUAUUCAGAACUUGCUGACCCAGUGUCUGUUCGAGGACAAAGCCGCGGCCGAUUAUCUUCUCUGCCAUCUGAUAUCGACGGUGUACAUCCGAAACGAAAUCGAAUCGUUGGGUCAUUUCAGUCUGAAUUUGAGUAACAUUCCGAUCGAGGUGCUGCCCGAUUACACCCGAGGGCUGUAUGAAAUCAUAGAGCUGCUGGUGCCGGCCAGUCACUACCUGCCGAUGACGUUGGAGAACAUGAACACCAUGCAGUUUGUGCCAAAGAAGGACUACACAACUAAUAAGCUGACAAGUGGUCUGCUGCAGCUUGCACCGCACACGCAUUUACUGCUGGACGAAACCAAACUUCAGACUGGAAAACUGGAAACUAGUGGAGUCGAGGCAGUCCAGAGCAUAGCACACCUCAUCAAAAACCAGAAACUCAAGUACAACUUCCAGUUCUAUCAGUUGGAGUUCAACUCAGACGUGCCAGUAUUAGUGCUCAGCGAGGGUAAAAGCAUGCUUCCGACCAACUUCUGUUUUCCACUCGUGCCGGAUGUGGACGCCGUCAAAAUGAUCGGAGAAACGCUGAAAGCCGGAAAGCAUUUCAUCCAACCCAAGCUGACGGAGAUGCGCAAAUUCUUGACCCGGCAGCGAAUCCAGGAGUUCGACAUGAAGAACUUCGAUUCGGAAGUCAUCGAGAACGACUUCAUCACCAUGCGCAAGGAAAGUGACGCAUCCGCGGAGGAUUUGCACUCGCUGUUGGUGUUGGCUCGGCUUUUGGGACUUUCCCGGGGCAAGAGCACGAUGGAUCGGGAGUGCUGGGAGUACGCCAAGCAGCUCGAACAGGAACGCAAGAACCGGGUGGAAAUGUUUGCCAAGCGGAAAAAUGAGCCUUAGGGUGCGAACGUUGGACAACGCUGAAGAGUGGUGUGCAAACGAGUCUCAGUGUGUAACGUGUUGCCUGAAAUUGUACCUUUGAUGUUUUUUCUUAAUUAAAUGUUGGUUUUAUACAAACAUUA